UGAGAUCAGAUAUCGGAAAGCCACUCUGCAUGGCAAUGCAGAUGGUCUCUCUAGGCUGCCUUUGCCAGUCAAACAUCAAGAUAGUGGCAAGAAGGAAAUCUUCUACUUUGAACAGGUAGAGAACACACCCAUCACUGCUGUGCAAGUUAAGAGAGCAACUCGUGUUGACCCAGUAUUGUCCCAAGUUAUGGAACUAGUGAUACAUAGAACAUCUCUACGGAACUCUCAGGUCUCACCUGACCUUGUCCCCUACAUGUCCAGGAGAACGGAGUUAUCAACCCAUUCGGGGUGCCUGUUGUAGGAAAUGCGUGUCAUUAUUCCAAAAAUACUGAGAAAACAGAUGUUAGAACAGCUGCAUUCUGGUCACUGUGGAAUGGUGCUCAUGAAAGAAAUUGCACAAAGCUAUUUUUGGUGGUCUGGCUUGGACAGUGACAUUGAAGAGAAGGCAAGAGAUUGUAUUUCUUCCCCAGGUGUGAGGAAUGCACCUCAGUUGGCACCUCUACACCCAUGGGACUGGCCUGAAAAACCAUGGCAACGUAUUUAUGUUGAUUUUGCUGGCCCAUUUGAAGGUAGCAUGUUAUUGUUGAAGGUAGAUGCUCAUUCCAAAUGGCCAGAAGUCUGUAUAGUGCCUUCCACUACUGCUGAGAGUACUAUCCAAAAACUACAGGGAAUCUUUUGUAAUUUUGGUCUUCCAGAACAACUUGUGAGUGACAAUGGACUACAGUUUGUGUCUCAGGAGUUUGGAUAUUUUAUGAAAGCAAACAGGAUCCAUCAAAUCACUUCAGCUCCAUAUCACCCAGCCACAAAUGGAUUGGCUGAAAGGUUUGUCCAGACAACGAAACAAGCUUUGAAAUCGGUUAGAGGACAUUCAUUCAUACAAAAGAGUCUGGACACCUUCUUACUAUCCUACAGAAACAUUCUUCAUGCUACAACCAAAGUGUCCCCGGCUUUUCUAAUGAUGGGGCGUCAGCUGCACAUGUGCUUUGAUGUGCUGAAACCUUCAGAACUGCAACAAAUUGUGCAAUGUCAACAUCAAGGUCAAGUCAUCAGGCGUGCAUCCAGAGCAAAAGACUGAACCUUUAGUCCUGGACAGCCAGUUUUGGCUCAGUACUAUGCUCCUGGAGCUAAAUGGGUCCCUGACACUAUUAUUGCUGAAACAGGAUCUGUUUCCUAUACUGUCUGGACUGCGAAGGAUCUCAUCUGUCAGUGGCAUGUAGAUCAGUUAUUGACAGGUUAUUCCUGCCCCCAAGGCACAUCUCCAGUUGAGUUCCCAUCCUUCCCACUGCUGGUGAGCUACCGUGUCAAGAAUCACCUGCUCCUGACUCUCCUCCUCCGUCACCACCAGCGGCGAACAAUAACCCCCACCCUGAGCAGGCUGAUCCAACAGCCUCACCUGUUCACACUUCAAGUUCCCAGCUCAGUGUCAGGCCUGCAUCCAUAACAUCUUUGGGUGCAAGAAUGCCAGAUGUCCGCCGUAAUCCACCUAGAGAAAGGAGGCGUCCUCAAUGGCUGGAUCUUUAGUUGAGAUUAACUCACAGAUGGGGCAAAAUAAUCCCCAGGGUAAGCUGGGAACUUGAGGCUGUCUACCGUCAUUUCAUAGUUAGUUUUGUUUUCUUAAAGGGACAUUUUUAUUAAGGGAGGGAGGAAUAUUUUGUGUAUUGGGUUGUAGAUAUAGAUCUUGUUGUUAUAGUAACUGAGUUAGG